GUUAUUGCAGAUACGGUGAUGCAUGCAAAUUUGCGCAUCAUACUGGAAUUCCGGUUAAUGGGGCUGGCCGUUUUCAUCCUAACGGUAACGGACAUCUAUAUAAUGGAGGUGUCAAUACAGAAAGUGAUGAAUGGGGAUUCACCGGAGUUGAACAAAGCGAAGUUAUAGUAGAGGAAGUUAAAACCUGGGAUGAUGAAGAUACACAAGAUCAGAUGGAUCAACAAGAAUUUUCUUGA